GGGACUGGAUGGUUGGCUUUGAUUCUCUUCUCUUUCAUCUUCUCUCUAUCUUUCACACUCACUCACUCUCUCUCUCCCCUGGUUUUGUGUGGUGAGGAGAGAACGCUUCUUCUCUCUCUCUCAAUUUUUCUUUUCUUUUUCCUAUUUUGUCGUUCUGCUUCUGUUUCCCUUUCCUUCUUCUCGUCUCCUUGCUAGCAACAUUUGAUCAAGGGGACCGACCGGGGCAGCGUUUGGUGGUGGUGGUGCCGGGAUCAAUGGAAAUUCCGGCGUGUUUGCGGUGUUGCUGAUGGAAGAAGGAGCGCCUCUCCCCCUCCUCCUCUCCUCCUCAUCCCAAUCACCUUCAUGUUCUUCCAUAUGAUGGAUUUUGAUGCUGCCGGAAUUUCUGUUUCCCGGGAGUCUGUCAGCGAAGGACCUUCCUCUUUUUCUUCAUCCCUCGACCAAGACACUUUGUGGCAAAUAGACUUGACAUCAAGGCAACCAAUGGAGUCUGCACAAUAUCCUGUCCGUGAUGGUGAACCAGAUUGUUCCUACUACAUGAGAACUGGUCUUUGUAGAUUUGGAACAACUUGCCGAUUUAAUCAUCCUCCUGAUAGGAGACUGGCCAUUGCCACUGCAAGGAUGAUAGGUGAAUAUCCAGAAAGAGUAGGGCAACCUGAAUGCCAGUAUUACUUGAAGACUGGAACUUGCAAGUUUGGAAUUACGUGCAAGUUUAACCAUCCUAGAGAGAAAGCUGGUAUUGCUGGAAGAGUUGCUCUAAAUGUCUUGGGCUAUCCACUUCGCCCGAAUGAGACUGAAUGUGCCUAUUAUAUGAGAACUGGACAAUGCAAGUUUGGAGGCACUUGUAAAUUUCACCAUCCUCAGCCAUCUAGUAUGAUGGUAUCUCUACAUGGUUCUCCUGUUUAUCCACCUGUCCGUUCCCCAACUAGUCCUGGUCAGCUAUCAUAUCCACUGUCAAGACCUUCUUUUAUUACCAGUCCACGUUGGCAAGGCCCUUCAAAUUACUCACCCUUGAUGGUUCCUCCGGGCAUGGUAUCAGUUCCAGGAUAUGCAUAUAGUGGUCAGCUCGGUUCAGUUUCUUCCGCUGAAGGCCAGAAAUUAACAGCAGGAAGCAGUCAGGUUUAUGGAGCCUCUCGUGCAAUUGAGGUAACAGCCAUGAUAUCUCAAGGGAUCAAUUUUUCGCAUACUGCUGGUUCUUUACCUGUGGAGUAUUAUUCUUUGCAGAGAGAGAAUGUAUUCCCUGAACGGCCUGGCCAACCAGAAUGCCAGUUCUACAUGAAGACUGGAGACUGCAAGUUUGGUUCAGUUUGUAGGUUCCAUCAUCCGAGGGAAAGACUGAUUCCUCCUCCUGAUUGUAUGCUGAGUCCUAUUGGGCUUCCCCUACGCCCAGGAGAACAAAUUUGUAUUUUCUACUCCCGAUAUGGGAUCUGCAAGUUUGGUCCAAGUUGCAAGUUUGAUCACCCAAUGGGAGUUUUUGCUUACAGUCUCUCUCCAUCACCUUCAACUGAUGCUCCUGCUGGUCAGUUUUUGUUGGGUUCAUCAUCAGGAACUGGUGCAUUGACUUUGUCUUCAGAAGGGCUUGUUGAUGCAGGCUCCACAAACCCCAGGCGACUGCCAUCUGGUGAUAAUAACAUUGAAACAGAAGAAUGACUUUUCGCUCAUAUACAGUCAGAUCUUCAAACUUUUUAAGAAUUAAAACAGUUGCCUGUAAAUUCAUUUCCAUUGCUGGAAAUGUACAGAAUUCAGUUAAAGUCAUUCUGUGCUGAAAAUGCAUUUCACUUGACAAUGUUGACUUUGGUGCCUUGUAUAAAUCUUCAUAUAUUAUUGCACUUGGUGAAAUCGACCAUGAAAAGUUUGGGUUGGUGUAGUGGCCAAGUGCUCACCUGUUGACUGUUAGACCAUGGGUUCUCAAGUCAUGGAAAGUCUCUGGAAACAGAGGUAAAGUUGCGCAUGCCUUGUUUCCCUAUACCAUAAUGAUGUGGAAACUUUACAACCCGCCCCAUGCUUUGGUGAAAUCAACCAUGAUUGUCUCAUCUAUUUUAAAAGCCUUUUUUCUAAUGCGGAUCAAUUUCUCCUGUCUCCUGCUUAUACAAAUACAAGCUUGAAUCUGUCAGUUAAUUUUCUACCUGUGCCUAUCUUUGUUCUUUAUCAUUCUGUUUUCUUUAAAAAUUUAACCUCUGCAGCCUUUAAGAAUUGUCAUCAUUAUUAGUUGCUAAUACGAAUGAAUAGCAUUUUGAUAAGCUGGAACUCUAUUCUCUAUUUUGCUUUGUCUUAUUCUUACUUUGGCAGAAAGGUAUUCUCUGCAAGACUUCUAUGAAGGAUAUUCUGGUGAUUACAGAAGUCAACAAAGAAGAGAAGCUCCUUAGUAGAAAGUUUGUGGAACAUGGACAUUUCCUAUAGGAAGAUCAGACCGGUCUAUCCCUUGAGCUGGAAAAUUACCAAAACUGUGUAUCGGUAAUUUUAAAUAUAAUGCUGUAAGUUUCUUGAAAGGCAUGCUCUUAAUAGUUACCUAAGAAUAAAAUAUUGAUGAUUAACCAUCAUUUUCAAAGUUUUGGGUCUUGGAUUGGAUGAUUGGACAGCAUGUGUUGGAUCCUGGUUGCUUUUAGGCCAUUUUUGGAUUGCAUGUGCCGGAUGAUUGGGCGCUCCAAGUUGAGACCUAGACUUUCAGCAGGAGCCUUGUUGACUCCAGGACAAUUAUGUCACGAGCACACCACUUGAUGAAAAAGUUCAAAGAGUUCUCGGGACCAGAACUACUCAGAAGCAACUGCUUUUUCUGAAUUUCAUCAAGGUGUAUAUCUGCAUCAGGUGGGAAACUCAACGACCGAUGCCCAUUGAUUUAUAUCGCAAACUUUAAUUAAUUCCGGAGAGUCUUGAAGACUCAAGUACAGAAUGCCUUACAAGCGUGAGUUGUAUAUGCUUUCCCUAUUGUGACAAAUCUGAUUUCUCUGUAUAUUUGUUGUCUUCCACAAGCUCCUCUUUUGUGACCAACAUUAUGUUUCCUUGGUACUCAUUGGUCAGCAUUCCAUAUUUAAAAUAAAAACAUCAUUUGUGCAGUAA